GAUUUGGAUGUUAAAGAAGUGGUAGCAAUGUGGGGAUCUGAAAAUUGUUAUCCAUCAGAAGCUGUAUUUGUACCUCAUCCUGGAAAAGACUGCGAAGAAGAUGAGGGUGUGUUAUUAAGUAUUGUAUUUGAUGGCGGAAAUAACAAAAGUUUUCUUUUGGUACUUGAUGCGAGAACUAUGAAUGAAUUGAUAAGAGCUGAUUUACCACAAGUUGUACCCUUAAGCUUUGGACAUGGGGCUUUUAAAAGGAAUAGUGAUUAA